AUGAGUCUAGUCCUCUCCACACUGAUGAGGCCGCUUCUGAAGGCCCUGUGGCAGACAGCACGGUAUUUAAACGUAUGUGUCCGGUCAUCGCCAGAGGUGGAAGUAAAAUCUGGAGAAGAUGAAGAAAUUUUCUUUAAAGGGAGAGCCAAACUUUAUCGAUGGGAUCGAGAUGUCAGUCAGUGGAAGGAGCAUGGUGCUAGAGACAUUAAGAUUCCCUGGCACACAAUGAAGAAUUAUUACCGGAUUCUGAUGAGCAGAGACCAGGUCUUCAAAGUGUGUGCAAACCAUGUUAUUGCUAAAACAAUGGAGUUAAAACCCUUAAGUGUUUCCAAUAACGCUUUAGUCUGGACUGCCUCAGAUUAUGCGGAUGGUGAUGCAAAAGUGAAACAGCUUGCAGUGAGAUUUAAAACAAAAGAAAUGGCGGAGUGUUUCAGAAAAUUUGAAGAAUGUCAGCAGAAUUUAUUGAAACUUCAGAAAGGACAAGUAUCACUGGCAGCAGAAUUAUCAAAGGAGACCAACCUGGUGGUGUUCUUUGAUGUUUGUGCAGAUGAGGAACCUCUAGGAAGAAUAACCAUGGAGUUACUUUCAAACAUUGUUCCUCAAACUGCUGAGAGCUUCAGAGUACUGUGCACUGGAGAGAAGGGCUUUGGUUUCAAGAACUCCAUUUUUCACAGAGUAAUUCCAGAUUUUGUUUGUCAAGGAGGAGAUAUCACCAAACAUGAUGGGACAGGAGGAAAGUCCAUUUAUGGAGAUAAAUUUGAAGAUGAAAACUUUAAUGUGAAGCGAACUGGCCCUGGCUUAUUAUCUAUGGCCAAUUGAGGCUGGGAUACUAAUAAUUCUCAAUAUUUUAUAACACUGAAAAAGGCAGAACAUUUGGACUUUAAACAUGUAGUGUUUAGGUUUGUUAAGGAUGGCAUGGAUACUGUGAAAAAGAUUGAAUCAUUUGGUUCUCCCACAGGUUCUGUUAGUCGAAGAAUUAGUAUCAUAGAAUGUGGACCACUAAAAAAUCAUUGUUCUUCAUAG